GCAAAUCACACACACCUCCACCAGUACCAUCCAUCGCGAACUUCCGUGAUCGACAAGUCUCUAAAAAACACCUUCCAGAAUUUCACCAGGCUCCAAGUAGAAAAUGGCUUCUACGUUUUUAACUGACGACCAGGCAUGGCAGGCUCUGCAGAAGUACUUCGAUGCGAGUGGGAAGAAAAUCAACGUUCUGGAGAUGUUCAAAAAUGACCCCGAACGAUUCAAGAAAUUUAGUCUCGCGUUACCGUUAGGAGACGGCAGUGGGGAUCUGCUCCUGGACUUCUCUAAGAAUCUUAUCAACGAGGAAACCUUCAAACUGCUUAUCAAUCUGGCAAAGUCUCGUAAUAUUGAAGCAGCACGUGAUGGCAUGUUCAAGGGAGACAAGAUCAACAUUACUGAGCAGCGUGCUGUACUCCACGUCGCCCUGCGUAACCGCUCCAACACACCCAUCAUGGUGGACGGUAAAGAUGUCAUGCCAGAGGUCAAUAAGGUCUUAGCGCAGAUGAAGACCUUUACUCAGGCGGUGCGAAGUGGCGAGUGGAAGGGCUACACAGGAAAAUCCAUUACAGACAUCGUCAAUAUCGGCAUUGGAGGAUCUGACCUGGGCCCUGUGAUGGUAACAGAGUCACUGAAGCCCUACAGCGGAGACCUUCGUGUGCAUUUUGUUUCCAACAUCGAUGGAACUCACCUAGCGACAAUUCUGAAAAAGCUGAAUCCAGAAACGGCUUUGUUUCUUGUAGCAUCAAAGACGUUUACCACUCAAGAGACAAUCACCAACGCAACAUCAGCCAAGAACUGGCUCCUCUCCUCUGCUAAGGACCCAGCUCAUGUUGCUAAGCACUUUGUAGCUCUCUCAACCAAUGCUGUCAAGGUGACAGAGUUUGGCAUUGAUGGCAAAAACAUGUUCCCCUUUUGGGAUUGGGUAGGUGGGCGUUACUCCCUCUGGUCUGCGAUCGGCCUCUCCAUUGCCUUGUACAUUGGAAUGGACAACUAUGAGCAGCUUCUGUCUGGUGCACACUUUAUGGAUAACCAUUUCUGCAACACCCCCCUGGAAAAGAAUCUGCCAGUUGUGCUAGCCGUGUUGGGAGUCUGGUACCACAACUUCUUUGGGUGUGAAACUCAUGCACUUCUUCCGUAUGAUCAGUACAUGCACCGCUUCGCAGCUUACUUCCAGCAAGGUGAUAUGGAAUCUAACGGUAAAUACAUCACGGCAUCGACCGGUCGCCGUGUUGAAUACACUACAGGACCUAUAGUAUGGGGAGAGCCGGGUACCAACGGACAACAUGCAUUCUAUCAGCUGAUACAUCAAGGUACUCGCAUUGUCCCAGCGGACUUCCUAGCACCUGUAGAUACACAUAAUCCCAUUGCAGAGGGAAUUCAUCAUGAGAUCCUUCUAGCUAAUUUCCUUGCUCAGACCGAAGCUCUGAUGAAAGGCAAGACUCUAGCCCAAGCUGAGGAAGAGCUGAAAGCAGAUAAGAUGCCGGAGGAGACUAAGAAACGCAUCCUUCCACACAAGGUCUUUGAAGGAAACCGACCUACCAACUCGAUCCUAUUUCAGAAGUUGAACCCCUUCACCCUAGGGGCGCUUCUUGCGAUGUAUGAGCAUAAGAUCUUUACUCAGGGUAUUAUUUGGGACAUCUGUUCCUAUGACCAGUGGGGGGUUGAGCUCGGCAAGCAGCUUGCUAAAGUAAUCCAACCUGAGCUGAAGGAUGAUAAACCAGUCGCCAGCCAUGACGCUUCGACCAAUGGUCUGAUUAACUUCAUUAAGACCCACCGCAAGAAGUGAUGUGAUGGGCCUGCAUCUAGAAAUGGUGACAUGCAAGGGAUAGGGGUUGGAGAGCAAGGGGUCAGUCGUACCCAGGCCAAAGGUCAAGAGGCCAAAGGUCAAGAUGUCAAUAGGCUAGAGGUCUCUUCUAGUCAAGUCAUUAGGGAUAGUGGUAGUAAAGUCUGGUGUGUGUUUUCUAAUCUAACAGAUGUUAGGACAAGAAUUAAGGUCAUAUUAUAUGCAUGGUGGAAAAGUGCUAAGUAAGUGAGGUUUGUGGUGACAUCAUUUAAAAAUCUCCAUUGUGAUGAUAGAUUUUUUCUUGGUGUCAUCGCAAACGUUACUUAGGAACAAAUGCUGGGUGACAGUAGGAAUAUGUAUGUUUGGGCAUUUUGGGUUCUGGAUUGUUCCAUCAAUUUCAAGGAUUCUGAAUUGUCAUUUUCAAUUACCCAAAUCUUUGCAUGAGUUCAUCCAAGCAUUCAUCAAACAACUUCAUUACCUUCCACCAACGCUGAUGUUUUUUCUCUGUGUGUCUAUGAGUGUAUUGAAUUUAAAAGUGAACCCAUUUAAUAUUUAGUCGUCAAAUGAUAGUUAAGGUCUGUCGGCUUCUUUUGAGUGGUUGAAAUGCAAUGGAGCAUUGUUUCUUCUGAGAUUAGGUAAUCUGAAUUGUUGCAUUAUUUUAACUUUUAUUGGGAAGGAAAGAAAUAUUCUCUUAUACCAUUUUUCUCCAUCCAUUUUGUGCGUAUUAUUUUUUCUGUCUUGGAUAGCGUUAAGAUUUAAAAUUUCAAUUACAGGUAGGAUCAUUGGUUGGUUUUCAUCAACAUAAUGUUGAUUUAUAGGAAACUUGUUUAAAAAUAAAGUACUUAGAAAUUCUAGCAAUUUUAACAAAGUGUACUCUUGUUAUUAAAUUAUAGUUUACCAGUGGUUAAAACUGCCAUUGACAUGUAGUUACACAAAUGUGUACGACUUCUAGAAGAGACCUACACAAUGUUGCUACAAGCAAUUUAUUUGUAUAAUUGUUGUUUUGUGUUGCAGAUUUAUGUUGCUGUUUGAUGUCAAGUGCAGGUUAUCCUUCUGAAAGAUUUUAAGAAAGCAAUAUAUAUGUAUGUGAAUAUCUGUUUCAGACAUUAUCUCGUAGUACCUCUAGGGCCAAGUCACACGAGGCAAUUUACUGGCAACCAGUUCCAGGCGGUAUCCAAGAAGAAAAACCCAUAUUUCCACAUAUUUGUCUAGGGAACAUUAAGAUACUGAUAUAAAAAUGUCCACUGUACUGCAGAAGUGUUCCUUUUUUACAUGCUGGGUGCAGUUGGUUGCCUCCAGUUGCCUGUAAAAAUUACCUCGUGUGACGAGGCCUGUAGACUGCAAAAACUUUUCACUAAUAAUAGCAUAGUAUUUAAGAAUUUCCUAUUUUUGUAUGAAUAACAUAAAAUGUAUUUCUAGUUUAUGAUGAGAGCUCUUCAGGUUUUGUUGUAGGGUGUUUAAUAAAAAUUAUAUUGAAAGUUUAUUUUGUUAGUUAUAUUACGCAUGAACCAUGUCAUAGGCUCCACCGGUAAUGCUUUGUUUUGGUUUGGUGAAGUCAAAACUUUAUGGUACCUCUUUUCACUGUGGUGCUGCAGUCUUUUUUAAAGAAGGCAAAACACAAUAAUCAUGCGAAACGUGUUAAUUUUUAAAAGCAACUAAUAUGUUGUUAUUUGCAAAGACUGUUCAUCAAUAAAUACAAAAGUACACUUUAAUUUGUCUUGUUUUGUUUGUUAAGGUUCAUUCCCCAAAAUAAGCAAAAUAUUUCAAACACCAUCCAUUCAUUUAAAGUUGGUGAGAUAAACAAUCAUAGUUGUCGAGUGUCUCGCUCAAUUACACAACUGCCAUAACUAGUAUUCGAACCCACAAUCCAAUGCCUUAGCCACCAAAUCUUAAUCUGCAGCAUGCAUUUCGCCUGCCCCUAAAGCACAUUAUAAAAAGUGAAUACACCAAAGAAACAAAACUUCACAAGAUGUUCAUUGUUACAUACUGUAUUUCCAAUGACAGUCAUAUAAUUACAGAAUUUAUAAAUUUCCCAGUAUUAACUAAAAACUUAUGAAAAUAUGUAAGCAAAAUACCAAUAAAUUAAUAAACAA